UUCCGAAGCGGCCAGGCUGGGAUAAAAAAUUGCGGACUGCGCCUUUGGACAAAAAUAGAAAGAAACCGAGAGGAUAUUUGAGAGGAAAGAGUGUUUUUUUUCCCUGACUGCUGCGUCAACAUCCAGCCUCCGUGACUGUAUCGCCUUAUGCAGAUGGGGUCCUGAGCUGUCCAGUCACCCUGCCGGGUGCCCACUUCGUUGCCCAAUGGACAAGGUGCACAAAACCUUGGCACCCACACUGGCAGCACAUCCUCCGGGCCAGGAGUAGACGCUGGAAGUGGCGGAAGCCCUGACACGGCACUCCGUUUACCAUGCGGUGUUCAGGGAACGGCAGAGGGUUUCGGAGCAUUGCAGGGAGGGUCGGAGAGAGGUGCGGAGCUGCUCUUUCUCACUGAUAGCGCCACCCGAGGUUUGCACGUGCUGCUGGAAACCUCAACCAAGACUUUCUGGCCUGAUGUCUGUCUUACACUCUCCUCAGUACACAAACUACUGCUGAAAAGUGCCCCGCAAAAGCUGGGAUAAGCAAAGACCCAAACUUGAGAUACCCUCAAGCCAACAGAAGCCCUGUGUUUAGCAGAGUCGACAGUAGCCCUGUGUUUGGCAGUAGCCCUGUGUUUGUAGGGCCGACAGUUGCCCUGUGUUUAGCAGAGUCGUCAGUAGCCCAGUGUUUGGCAGUAGCCCUGUGUUUGUAGGGCCGACAGUAGCCCUGUGUUUAGCAGAGUCGACAGUAGCCCAGUGUUUGGCAGUAGCACUGUGUUCAGCACGAUGCGGGUGAGUUUCUGCCAGGGCCUCCUGACUGGGGCCAUCGCUCUAAACCUGCUGAUCCUGUACUAUGUCUCCCGCGCCCAGCAGCAGAUGAUGGAGAAGCGGCGGGAGCCGGGAAAAGGCUCCCUGAAGAAGGCGGCUCUCCCCGUGUCGGGGCUAGGGGGCGCCGUGGGGCUGGGGGGCGGGGCUGCGGGAGGGCCCGGGGGCGGGGCCGGCACGGGCGGUGGGCGCAGCCCGCGGGUGACGGUGCUGGUGCGGGACUUCGAGGACUUUGAGAACUACGUGGGCGAGGUGGCGCGCUCCUUCCUGCGCCAGCGAGCCGACCUGCCCUUCCUGGCGGUGGCCGACGCCCCGCCCUACCCUCCGCUGGCGCUGCCCGACGGGGCGCGGCUCCUGGUGCUGGCGCCCAGCCCCGAGCAGCCCCCGCAGGCGCACCGGCCCGAGUUCCAGGUGCAGACGGAGUUCGUGCUGCUGGUGCCGGACGGCGUGGAGCUGGAGCAGGCGCGGCAGCUGGAGAGGCUGAUCCGGGAGCUGGAGGGCGAGGGCGGGGGGCCCGUGCGGCUGGUGGCCGCCCCGGUGCUGGCCCGCUCGGCCGUGCAGUGCCUGCACCUGCGCGUCAGCCUGCGCGAGUGGACCGCCACCUACGCCCCGGCCGCCUCGGGGAGCAGCGGAAGCGUCUGCAGCGCCCUGCGGGGGGACGCCGUGCUGCUGGUCCGCUCCGAGGACCUCUUCAACCUCUCGGCCCCGCUGGCCCGGCCCCUGCUGGCCUCCCUCUUCAUCCAGACCUCGCUGCGCGGCUGGAAGGUCAAGCUCCUGGAGGGCCCGGCCUUCCCCGCCAGCCGCCGGCCCCUGUUCAGCUCGGCCCACAACCAGUGGAAGGCCGACUCGCGUCUCCGCGACAACACCGCGCGGCUCAUGCGCGACUUCGGCGUCAAGCGCCUCCUGCACCCGGACGGGAAGGAGCAGUGGUUCGGCUGCGGCAAGGAGACGCCCCGCUGCUUCGGCACGGUGCGGGACGACACCCCCGAGUACCUGUACCUGGACCGCUGGACCCCGCCCUGUUGCCUGCGCGCGCUCCGCGAGACCGCCAAGUACGUCAUCAACAUCCUGGAGAGCUCGGGCGUGCGCUACUGGCUGGAGGGGGGCACCCUGCUUGGCGCGGCCCGCCACCAGGACAUCAUCCCCUGGGACUACGACGUGGACCUGGGCAUCUACCUGGAGGACGUGCCCAACUGCGACUACCUGAAGAACCUGGACGCCGGCUCGCUGGUGGACGCCAACGGCUACGUGUGGGAGCGGGCGGUGGAGGGCGACUUCUACCGCGUGCAGUACAGCGAGGCCAACCACCUGCACGUGGACCUGUGGCCCUUCUACCCCCGCAACGGCGUCAUGACCAAGGACACCUGGACCGAGCACAAGCAGGACGUGGAGUUCCCCGAGCACUUCCUGCAGCCCCUGGUGCCCAUGCCCUUCGCCGGCGUCACCGCCUACGCCCCCAACAACCACCGCGCCUUCCUGGAGCUCAAGUUCGGCGAGGGCGUCGUGGAGAACCCGCAGUACCCCAACCCUGCCAGAAAGAGGCUGGAUAGGAGCCGGCUGUGAGCUGUGAGCCUAGCUCCAGGUCAAUAUCAGCCUGUGUGGGACAGCCUCAUAAUGCCCUGACUGAUAUGAAAAAAAAAAUGAAAAAAAAAAAAACAUGUUAUUUAUUGGAUUUAAGUGUCUCCUGUCCACAGACUUAUAUCUGAAGUCAGUCUGGUCUCAUGAAAAUGUGUAAACUGUGCUUCCCGAAAAGCCACAGAAUGGUCAGCACAGAGCAGGGUGGACUCGUGACAGAUAUGACGCAGUGCCUAUUUCCAUCUGUCACUGCUACCUAGAGCCCACGUAUCUUCUUGUGUGAAGUACACUUCCACUACGAUUAACUGCAGCAAUGCUGGGUUUCUAACUGUAUGGAAACCCCAAAACAGGCACACUCAUUUCAGUUCAGGUGGAAUCUUUUAAGGAAUGGGAUUGUCCUAAUGAGACCUAAAAUAGAAAUUUCAGAACAAAUUGGAGGUAGGGACUUGAAUUGGCCUGAAUUCCAGCAACAUUUAUUCUUGACUUUGACACACAUCUUUUUAUUCACACACACAUACACACGCACACACUCACUCAAAGUUUGGCAAGUUAAAUUUACCAAAAUGUUUUUUUUUUUUUUUAAAUGGACAAUCACCUUAAUUUAUAGUUGAGGGACUUCAGAAGUUAAAGACAAAUCCAGACCUAUGCUUGACUUUCUGCCUGUCUUGACUAUUUGUCUUCCUGUGCUAUAUGUGGGUUUUCUGUACACUUGAACAAAAUCAAAAUGUCUGAACACUAAUAGACAGGUCUAGUUAGCUCACUUUGUUAAUGUGAAACUUGAAACUUGUGUUACUACUGAGAGACAGUGCAGACUGUGUGUGUGUGUGCGCGUGUGUGUGUGUGUGUAUGCUGCACAGUUUCACUUUAUAUUUUUUUAUGUUGCACAAUACAGUAUGUCAUCAAGUGUAAAUUUUACAGUGAAUCAGAAGCACGACUGAAAUGUAUUUGUGGACAUUGCUUUCAUCUUUUCAAAGAGGAAAGAGUGAGGAAAGGAAUGAAGAAACCUUCUAUCUUUCCUUCAUUUUGUGGUAGCAUGUCUGAUGACUUGUGUUUUAUCAUUGUGUAAAAAGAAGAUAUGAUAUAAAACAUUUUUUAAGAAGGCUAUGAUCAAAAUAAAACAUUGGAAGUGCCGCUA